CGAGUGGCCGAGCGGGCUGUCGCGCAACUUCACGUGUCACACGGCGCGCACCACGUCGGCGGAACGUUGCACGCAACGGCGCACGCACAGUGCACACGGCGAUAUAUACGCGGCGUGUUGUCCGGGGGUUGUGUGCUCCGCUCUCGCAUCUCUUUCGCCGUUUUGUUCAGAGGGACACGGACGGGCGACGACAGCAAUAGCGACGACGACGAUGGCACCGAAGCAGCGGAUGCGCAUCGCGAACGAGAAGGCGACGAAAAACAUCACGCUACGCGGAAACGUACCCAAGUCGUCGAAAUCGCAAGAAGAAGGAUCUCCAGUUGGGCCUUGGCUUUUAGCUUUAUUCCUUUUUGUCGUUUGUGGAUCUGCCGUAUUUCAAAUCAUCCAGAGUAUCAGAAUGGCUUGAAGAUGGGGAGAACAGAAAACCGCUACUGUUGAUUUUAAUAUAACAAACCGUUUAUACAAUUCGUCGAUAUUGUACGAUAUUAUGCGAAAGAGACUGACAGAUUGUUUAUGACAGAUUAUGAAAAAAAUAUCGAAAAUGAGAAAUGGAAAAAUUUAGACAGUAGCUAGAAAAUUAUUUUCCUUUUGCAGAAGCUCAAAGAUUUAUUUAUAACAUUUAGCAUUUAUAAGCGUUUAACUUAAUUGCGCUACGCAUGGACGAAAGGAAAGUAUUCGAAUAUAUAAAAUAAUGUUUCAACAAGAUAUCAAAUUUAUGAAUCGAAAAAAUUAAAAUAUAAAUAUUCUCAUAAUUCUUUAUCAUGUUCCGAACAUUAACGAUUCUGUUAACGCGUUUCGCUGUGUUGCUUUCUCUGAAAUAUAUCUUUUCGUCUAUGUGUAUGUAAAAAAUAAUUGUAUAUACAUGAUUUAUUGUGCAGAUUUCUCCUCAAGCAGAUCUGCCCAAUUAAUAGCAUACUCAUCUCCGGUAAUUGGACAGACCUGUUUCAAAGCAUUCCACUGUUAGCAGUUGGUAGCUUUCUGUUAUCAUAAUGGUCUUUGUACGUUGCUUAUGUGUAUAGGCAACACAUACGCGAUAGGCCAUUAUACAUAUACUUAUACAAAUAUAUAUUAUACAUCUCAAAAAAUGAUUUGUCUAUGAGAUAUUUGCUACUGACAGUGCACACACAUUGUCUCUUUUAAUAAAGUAUAUUAUCAAUAAAGAUAUAUAUUGUUUUACAUGAAA